UUCAACAGAGUUGUUUGUGUGUGUUUAAUUCUUUUCCCUUAUUCGUCUGGCUUCCCUGCUGAGUACGAGAAAAGAGGAAGAGGAGAAGAGGAAGAAGAAGACGAAGGUUAUGGCGUCUAUGAUGAGCUUGGCCAGACGGAGGGCUGGGGGACUCCUCCGACCGGAGACGAUGCGGCAUGCCGCCGUGUUUUGCCGCGGAUUCGCGGCGGCGGCGGAUGAGAACGACGUGGUGGUGAUCGGCGGCGGUCCCGGCGGGUACGUGGCGGCGAUCAAGGCCGCGCAGAUGGGGCUCAAAACCACGUGCAUCGAGAAGCGGGGCACGCUCGGCGGCACAUGCCUCAACGUUGGUUGCAUCCCUUCCAAGGCUCUUCUUCACUCCUCUCACAUGUACCAUGAAGCCAAACAUGCAUUCCCAAGUCAUGGUGUAAAGUUCUCUCAGCUUGAAAUUGACCUACCUGCCAUGAUGGCACAGAAAGAUAAAGCUGUCUCUGGUCUCACACGUGGUAUUGAAGGCUUGUUCAAGAAGAACAAAGUAAACUAUGUCAAAGGUUUUGGCAAAUUUGUUUCACCCUCUGAAGUCUCUGUUGACACCGAUGAAGGAGGCAACACUGUUGUCAAAGCAAAAAAUAUCAUAAUUGCCACUGGCUCUGACGUCAAAUCACUACCUGGAAUUACUAUUGAUGAAAAGAAGAUUGUUUCAUCCACUGGGGCUCUGUCUUUGUCUGAAGUCCCAAAGAAAUUGGUGGUGAUUGGUGCAGGAUAUAUUGGUUUGGAGAUGGGAUCAGUUUGGGGAAGGCUUGGUUCCGAGGUGACUGUUGUUGAGUUUGCACCGGAUAUUGUUCCCUCAAUGGAUGGUGAGGUAAGGAAGCAAUUCCAGCGCAUGCUUGAGAAGCAGAAGAUGAAGUUUAUGCUCAAGACAAAGGUUGUUGGGAUUGAUGCGUCAGGGGAUGUGGUGAAACUGACAGUCGAACCUGCAGCUGGUGGGGAACAGAGCACACUUGAAGCUGAUGUUGUUCUUGUCUCAGCUGGUAGAAUCCCAUACACAGCAGGGCUUGGUCUGGAUACCAUCGGUGUACAGACUGAUAAGGCAGGAAGGAUCCCAGUCGAUAAACAUUUCAUGACCAACGUGUCAGGAGUAUAUGCUAUCGGUGAUGUGAUACCAGGGCCCAUGCUUGCUCACAAGGCUGAAGAAGAUGGAGUUGCAUGUGUAGAGUUUAUCGCAGGUAAGGUAGGCCAUGUAGACUACGAUAUGGUCCCUGGAGUUGUAUACACACAUCCUGAGGUGGCUUCGGUUGGCAAGACAGAGGAGCAGGUGAAGGCCUUGGGGGUGGCAUACCGGGUUGGCAAGUUCCCGUUCAUGGCUAACAGCCGUGCAAAGGCCAUUGAUGAUGCUGAAGGAUUGGUGAAGAUACUGGCUGAGAAGGAGACCGACAAGAUUCUCGGUGUCCACAUAAUGGCACCUAAUGCAGGGGAACUCAUCCACGAAGCUGUGCUAGCCCUCCAGUAUGGAGCCUCGAGCGAAGACAUAGCUCGCACAUGCCAUGCGCACCCUACGAUGAGUGAGGCUGUGAAGGAAGCUGCCAUGGCUACAUACGACAAGCCGAUUCACAUGUAGUGGCCUUUUGCUGAGACCAUAUAUAAUCUUUGCGAGCUUUCAAAAUAAUUUUUGGAACAGUCAACAAGAGGAACUUUUUCUAUUUUUACCAGUCGUCCAUUGUUGCUCUCAAAGUACACAUCAUAAGUUAUCUGCUUUUGUAUGUUCUCUUUUUGGAAUAACAUGUACCUUGAAGAAAUUUAACAGUCAAAACGAAUUGGCAGUACGAAUUGUGAUCUUUUGUAGUAGUUGAUCUUAGAUUCAAUUCCAUUUUAUGUUGUGUACU